AGCAGCAGGAGGAGGAGCGCCUCCGAGCAAAGCGACGUUUCGACGAGCUACGAUCCCGUCCGCGACGUGGUCCGCAAGCGCCACCAUGCAAACCGCCAUGAUCUUUCUUCGGUUGGGAUGCCUGCUGCUUCUCGUUGGCGCUGUGCUGGCAGGCGACGCAGAGCAGGGCACGGCUGACCAACAGCAGCAGGUCGGCGGCCAGGACGAGCUGAGUGAGCAGGCCUCCGAAAUGGAGACUAAGGACAACGGCGGAGGCGAAAAUAAGGUGUUCCCUUCGCAGCACUACCACGCACAACAGCAAGGAUACCCGCUCGAUGCCAUUCCAAUCCCAGUGCACCAGAUACCCAUUCAGAGCGGCCACAUCAUCCUGCCGCAGCUGUUCAAUAACGGACUUCAACAAAGCGCCAUCCACCUGCCACAGUGGGAGUCAAAUAAACUCCAAAAGCCACCCCAGCCAGUUUUCGAGCACCAACAUCAGUCAGCGCAGCAACAGCACGAACAGCAAUACCAGCAGCAGCAACAGCAGCACGAGCAGCAGUACCAACAGCACCAACAGCAGCAGCCGCAACAAGGCCACCACCAUCACCAUGCUUAUCCUGAUGUUCACCAUCAACCGACGCAAGUUGUUCACCAUGGCGGUGGGGGAGGUGGUGGCGGUGCCUCUGAGGAGCAGCAUCACCAAUACAUAGAGAACCACAAUGUGCACCCGCAGCAAUCAACGGACUUGGCGACGCAGGCUCAAGGUCAGGAGCCGUGGCCACUGCCACAACCCGAAAUGCCCAAGAUCGUCCACCUGGAUGUCAAAUGCGAGAAAAAUCUCAUGAAGGUAGUGGUAGAGUUCGACAAGCCGUUCCACGGCAUAAUCUUUAGCAAAGGCCAUUAUAGCUAUGGUAGCUGCGUCCACUUGCCGGCGGGUUCAGGCCGCAAAAGCGUCUACUUCGACGUAUCGAUCAAUAGCUGUGGAACCAUUGGAAACACGCAGAAUGGCCUUUACGGUUACGACGGCGGCAAUUCUGGAACUGGCAGCUUUUUCGAGAACACAAUUAUCGUCCAGUACGAUCCACAGGUGCAGGAAGUGUGGGACCAGGCACGUAAGUUGAGAUGCACGUGGCACAACAACUACGAGAAGGCGGUUACUUUUCGGCCUUUCCCAGUCGACAUGCUGGACGUUGUGCGCGCCGACUUCGCGGGUGACAACGUAGGCUGCUGGAUGCAGAUACAAGCUGGCAAAGGGCCUUGGGCCAGCGAGGUAGCCGGCAUUGUCAAAAUUGGCCAGACAAUGACGAUGGUGUUGGCCAUCAAGGACGACGAAAACAAGUUCGACAUGCUGGUGCGCAACUGCAUUGCGCACGACGGGCAGAGGGCGCCAAUUGAGCUCGUUGACAGCCAAGGGUGCGUCGUGCGACCAAAACUCAUGAGCCGGUUCACAAAGAUCAGAAACUUCGGUUCCAGUGCGACAGUGCUGUCCUACGCCCAUUUCCAAGCCUUCAAGUUUCCCGAUACAAUGGAAGUGCACUUCCAGUGCACCAUACAGAUUUGCCGAUAUCAAUGCCCGGAUCAAUGCUCGGCGCAGGCGUCCGUCGACUCAUCGGCACCCGACAAGCAGGCUCUGUACUCGAACCACGUUUCCCAGUCAGCUGGCCGGCCCAGGGAAGAGAGGGACGUUUCCGAUCACGAAGAAGAAGAGGAAAUGGCAGAGAUUGGCGUGAACAGGGUGAUUCGAGUUGUCUCAGCUGGUGAUUUGGCAUUCAGCCUUGGUUCCAACGAAACUCAUCCGGCUCCCUUAGUAAAAGAGGAGCACGAAAGUUCCAUCAUAUGCAUGUCUGCGCCAGGAUUCGCGUCUGUUCUUGUUGUACUUCUGUCCCUCCUUGUCAUCGCUUGCCUGCUGUCCGCUUUCCUGUGGAUCAAGCAAAAGACGGCGUCACGGCUCCCUAAAAGUCUCCCUUAUGAUCUGCCAGUGCUCAAAAAAGGAAAGCUCUAACCUGGUUUCGCUUAUAGGCUCCUGAACUAAUGAUAAUGAUGGACGAGAUUUUUUUUUUUCCAGCAUCGCUAAAAAAAUUUGACCAUUCGGCCUCUACACUAAAAACGGUGAAAUCGCGGAGCUCAAAAGCCGUUUCCUCCUGCAUCACGAUUUCGCCCAAGUACUGCGAGGAGGCUGAAUGAUUAAAUUUUUGUAGAUGGCCUUACGACACGCUGACACUGCGUAUUCGAACUCUUUAUUUUACCAUUUAUCGCGUGAGUACUGCUGCUGGUCUAGGUGACUUUAGCGAAUCCGCCUUGUCAGUGCGUCCGAUAACCGGGCCUAAAUGUGCCUUCUUCCUUAAGCCAUAAACAUCUGUUAACUUACAUUGAGCA